AUGAAGCGAAAGGCUGCGAGCAUCGCGCAGGCAGAGCCAGUAGAUGAGGCCGACCCUGGUUUCCGAAACAAGGAAAAGGUAUUGGUGCUGUGCAGCAGGGGCAUCACGUUCAGGUUCCGCCACUUGAUGACGGACAUCAUGCAGCUGCUCCCGCACAGCAGGAAGGACAGCAAGCUGGACACCAAGACCGAUCGCGGGCUGAUCAACGAGGUCGCCGACAUGAAGAACUGCACCAGCGCGAUGUUCUUCGAGGCGAGGAAGAGGAAGGAUCUGUACCUGUGGCUCGCGCGGACCCCCGAAGGUCCGACGAUGAAGUUCCACGUCACCAACAUCCACACGAUGGGGGAGCUGCGCCUGUCGGGGAACCACCUCAAGGGGUCGCGCCCCGUCCUGUCCUUCGACCAGUCGUUCGACAGCGAGCCGCACCUGCAGCUGCUCAAGGAGCAGCUCACCCAGGUGUUCGCGACGCCCCGCGGCAACAAGCGGAGCAAGCCGUUCUUCGACCACGUGCUGUCCUUCACGUGGGCGGACGGGCGGGUGUGGUUCCGCAACUACCAGGUGGUGGUGCCCGAGGACAAGGGCAAGAACGACUUCUCCGACACCUCCCUGGUCGAGGUUGGGCCGCGGUUCUCCUUGCAGCUCAUCAAGGCGUUCGCCGGGUCGUUCGGUGGACCGACCAUCUACGAGAACCCCGACUACGUGUCGCCGAACGCCAUUCGCACACAGCUCAAGAAGCAGGCCGGCAGCAAGUACGGGUCGAAGGUCAAGGCCAAGGAGGGGCUCAAGGCGCGGCGGGUGGCGAACGUCCGGGAGCCGGACCCGCUCGAGUAUAACACGCUCUUCAAGGACGGGUGA